AUGACCAACCCCACCGCCCCCACUCCCCCCAAGGUCGCAAUCAUAGGCGGCGGCCCCGCGGGCCUGGGCACGGCGAUCGCCCUCGGGCAGGCCGGGCUCGCGUACACGCUGUACGAGGCCAAGCCGGCGAUCAGCGAGAUCGGGAACGGGAUAUCAGUGCAGCGGAAUACGUGGCGCAUGCUCGAGGCGUUGGGUGCGUCGCGUAACCUGACGCGGGACAAGCUGUUCCGUGCGCCGAGCGGGCAUGAUCUGGAGCAUCGCAACGGGCACACCGGCGCCCUGGUCGCCACCAACGACGCCGACCCGCUCGCCCCGCCACACCAGCAGCAUGCGCGCGUGCACCGCGCGCAUCUGCAGCAGGCGCUCCUGCGCCAGGUCGACGCGAGCCGUAUCCGCACCGCACACAAGCUGGUCAGCGUGUCCACGCUGCCGAGCGGCCGGCUGCGGCUGGCCUUCGCCAACGGGUUCGAAGACGAAGUCGACCUGCUGGUCGGCGCGGACGGGAUCCGCUCGGUACGUCGCCCCUCCCCACCCCCACUGACCCCACCGCAGGUGGUCCGCGCGCACGCGUUUCCAGACCACAAGAUAGCGUAUGCCGGCGCGACGUCGUACCGCACCCUCGUGCCCGCUACGUCCGCGGCGCUCGUCAACGGCCUGCCGGACGCCUCGACGUUCUGGCACGGCACGGACCGGAAAUGGGUGUACUCCUGCCCGCUGGGACCGCACUUAGAGAUCACCACCAGCAUCAAGGAGGCGGACGACGGGCAACGCGGCAGCUGGGGCCGGCGCUCGAGCGUCGCUGCGUUCCGGGCUGCGUUCGCCGAGAUGUGCCAGCCCGUGCAGGAGCUGCUGCGCCUCGCGACAUUCGUCGAGCAGUACGACUACUUUGCCGGCCCGCGCCUCGAGAGCGUGGUACAGCCCGGCAUAGCACUGGUGGGCGACGCGAGCCACCCGCUCUCGGGGGCGUUUGGCGCCGGCGCCGGCUUCGCGCUCGAGGACGCGUGGACGCUUGGGCAGUCGGUGCGCUGGGCAAGCGCCAAGGGGCUACCACUCGACACAGCGCUCGCGCUGUUCGACGCGGUCAGGUCGCCGCACUACGCCGACCUGUAUGCCGUGCUGGACGGGUACCGCGCCGCCGACGCGGACGUGGCGGCCGCGCGCCUGCCCCCCGCGGGCGAGAUCAAGGCGGUUGUCGAGCGCAACUGGAGUGAUCGGACCAGGUGGAUGCUGGUGUAUGAGGUCGACGCUGUGUUUGCGCGGGAGAUUGCGCGGCACGAGGCGGAGGUGCGGAAGGGCGCCGGCGAGGGCGGGACUGUGAGUCAACGUAACGGGAAUGGCCAUGGCCUUACCGGCGCCGCGGUCGUCGAGUCGGAGCGCCAGCUCAAUGGCGACGACCUUGACUCGAGAACACGCCCCGGCCACGACCUCCCCGACGCGCUUCACGCCGUGCGCGUCGCGUAG